AAAAGUUCAACAAACUUGAAUUGAAUGGCGUCCGAACCGAAACCUUCGUGUGCAUAAGCAGCGGCUCUAUAAAAAAAAAAAUAAAUCCGACAUAUUUUAUACUAAAUAUUCCGUUAUUUUAUUAAAAAAAAAAAAAAAAAACAAACGCUUACCAAAAAUAACCUCUUAAUAAAUAGAUAAAUAAUCUAAUUUGAACAAAAAAAAAAGUACUACAAGAAAAGAACAUUCGUGAAAAGAAGAAGAAAAAAAUAGAAAUUUGGAAAAGAAAAAAAAAACCGCUUCAACUUUGACUUUUUUCUUCAUAAUUUUUUUUUUACAAUUUUUCCGCUCAUUUUUAUAUCAAAAUAACAAGAAAAACGCCAAGUACCGUUUUUCACAUGUGUUUUUAAGUUAUUUCUUUUUCUUAUGAAAUAGUUUUUUUUUUUUGUUGAGUGAACAAAAAAAUUCCAUUUUGCAAAUGAUUUGUCUCUAAAAAUAUUUGGCCCCCUCCAACAACAACAACAAUUUUCUUUUUCUCCUCCAUUUCUCUUGCUUGUCGGUGCGUGUGUCCUCAUCUCAUUCAUCGUCGUUUGUCAUUUUUUUUUUGUCGUAAUUUCCCUUCGACUUCCUCUCUUGUGUCAAACAAACAAACCUAAAAAUAAAAAAAAAAAAUGAAGAACUCCCGCUUUGAUGAUUUAAAAUCUCCAAAAAAACUCUCCUCCUCUUCGUCGUCCCCCUCACUCGAUGAGAAUUCGAAAAAAAUACAAAAACUUCGAAUUAAAUUAAACAAAAGCAAAAACAUGUCGAAGUCGUCGAAAACGUCAUCAAAAACACUAACACUACCACAAAUCGAUAUGAAAUCGGUGCGUGUCCUUGUUGAAAGGACAAAAUUUAAUGUUAUGUUUAAUCACAAACUUGUCGGUCAUAAGAAUUCCCCAAAAUCUCCAAAAACCUCUAAAUUAUCAUUGUCAUCUUCGAAAUCGUCACCUACAAUCAGUCGUUUAGAAUUGAAAAAAAGUCCACUCAAAAAGCUAUCAAAUACAAAAACCGUGGCGCCUUUAGCGUCAUCGACGCCUCAAAGAGUUGAUUCUGUUGUUGUACAAAAGAAAUCAACAACAACAACAACACCAAAUCAACCAACUAUCGAUGGAAUUUUUAAGAUUCGUAAAUGUUGCAUUAAAUUACCCAAAGAUAAGAAUCUCUUGCAAAUGCAACAGAAUCAAAUUCCUUAUCCUGUUAAACUUAUUGUUCACCACAAAAGUCGUGGCAGGCCAAGAAAGUUCCCGGCGAUUCUGCCGAAUGAUGGGAAUAACUCGCUUAUGGUUGACAGUCCUUUAGUCACCUCCUCCGGACAAAAGCGUAAAUCGUCUGAAAAGUCGCCAAGUUUAUCACCGCCAAAACGCAAGAUAAAGAAAGGCAAUGAGUUCUUUAUUAAAAUUGGAGCUUUGACGAGAACUCCAUCACCUCGCCGGAAACCGGCUUCGAACAGUUGUAGUCCUGAGGAGAAACCUCCUCAGAAUAGUAAACAACGUCGUAAGGUUGAUAAAAAGCUAAACAAGAAGGCUCUAACAUCGACAAAUCUGGCUCCAUUGAGACAAAAGUUCGGCAGUCGGUAUUUCAAGUCGUUUGUGAAAAUCAAGCGAAUUGGUCCGAAUUGGGAAACUUGCCCAACGCCGCCAAAGAUUGACACAACACCUUUCCAAAAGAAAAAGAACGGAAAGAAUCUCUCCGUGUCAUUUCUGGAGACUGUCGAGAUCUUUGGUGAAUCAUCGGAUGAUGAUGAUUGGUUUGAUGCAGAUCCAAAGAAUUCGAAACGAACAAUACCAUUGGAUAACCUGUUUGAUUCUUUGAAGGCAACGAGUACGAGUACUCCGAGUAUUAAGAAUAACUCUGGUAGUAUUCUUAAGAGUAGUAUUCUUGAUCGGAAAGAGAAGAGUUCUUUUAGUCCAUUGAAGGAGCAUGAAAGUCCGAGGAAGGAGCAAUUGAAGUUGGCUAAUGAGAGUUUUGUGCGACGCAGUUUGGACACACAGAUGCAAGAUGAUGAAGAACGAGAUAUUGGUGAAGAUCUUACAGAAUCCGAACCAGCGAAAGAAUCUUCAACAGUACCAGAAAGUGGUAUUGUUGAUGAUAAAGAGCACAACUCCAUAGAAUCUUCACCGAAAUCUAGUAAUGAGACAAGCGAAUCAUCACAAACGCAACAUCCUGUCUUGCCAGAUAACAAUGAAGAUGAAGAUCAAACAGAAACAGAAAAGGAAGAACAAAAAGAGGGACCUCAAAACAGUUCAAAUAAUUCACUAGAAUCGAACAAUGAAUCUUCAAUACCUGCUGCGGAAAAAUCAAAUGAACAAGACCAAUCAUAUGAGUCUUUCAAAAGUGCAGAUGCAACAUUAGACGACAAAGAAUCUAACAAAGUUAAUAGCCAAACUGUUGAUGAAACUUUAGAUGUAGACGAAACACAAAAUCUAUCAACAUCUGCUAAUGAGGAGGAAGAUGACGAAAAAGAAGCUGACAAUACCACAGAAGUGGAGCACAGGGGAGAUGACAAGAAAGACGAUGAAGAUACAACAAAUGAGGACAACACAACAAAUCAGGGAGAAGAACAUGAAGAUGCAUCAAAUCAGCAAGAAGAAACAAAUCAGGAAGAUGAUCAAAAUGUUGAAGAAGCAAAUGAAAAUCCAGCGAAUAAUGAAGAACCAGUCAAUGAAAAUGAAAUCUCAAAAGAAGACGUGUGUCCUGAUGACGAAGAAGAAGAAAUAGAAGAGGAAGAACCUUUUGUAGAUCCAUCCAAGCUAGUUGCCUCAGUACUAUUGAAUGAUUCCACAGAAGAAGAACGUAACGAAGCCGAAGCAGUUCUAAAUGACGUCUGUCAAAUGGCUGCCGCCGAAAGUGUGGUCUUACUUAAUCCAGUCGCACAUUUAGCCUAUAGUUCGCCACACAGCGCUAUAGACGAUGAUGACGAUGACUUCAAUUCAGUACUGACGCAUCCCGAAACCGAAAAAACCCUUCAAUCAACUGCAGCGUCAGCCCUUGUACCAAGCUCACAAGAAAUUGCUGUCGAAUCGGCAGUAGUUGCAUCGCAGGCGGCUGCUUUAGUUGCACCAGCUGAUGUCGAUGUCACUGAAGAUACCUUUGCCAGUGUGGUAGCGGAAGUGGAGCGGUUUACAAAAGAUGUUGUAAAUUCAGAAAUCUAUUCGGCUGAUGUUGGCAUCACUGGAGCUGAUGUUAUGAUGGAUAAUGUUCAAGCCCGCCAUUCGCUGGACGAUAUCUUUGAUGACGAUGAUGUUGAUGGCCAAUCCCACAUGUUCCUUCAAUUUCCAGAUGACCUAAUGUCAAGUUUGCGAAUGUCAUCGGGCAGUAUUGAUAUCGGCCAUCAUAAGUCCUUACCCUUACCAAUACAGGUGAUCGAAACCGAAGUGAUGGCAAUACCCAAUGAACCAGAUAUUAUUUUUGACAAGUCACCAAUAGUAACGACAGCAUCAUCUAUAAAUUCAGUCAAUGAUACGUUACCAGUACACUGUGGACCAACUGCAACAUCGGAUUCGAAUAAAAAAUUAUUUGGACGUUUAUUUCAAUCAGUCAAAUCGUAUGUGAUGUCACCGGGCGCUGACAAGAAUUCAUCUCUGCAGGAUUAAAACGCAAACAAACAAAAAAUGUGUAUGAACCAAUCAUCAUGAAACCAACCAACAAAACAUUUUACAAGCUGAAAUUCGAGUAAACACACAAGAAGUCUUAUUUUUAUUAAAUAAUAAUUAUUUUAAGUAUUAUUUAUAAAUAAUUUUAAACGACCCAAAUUGUUGUUGUUUAAAAAUAAAUAAUUAUAUCUAAUGUUUUAAUACUUAACAAACAAAAAUUGAAAAAACUAUAAAUAUUUUUUAAUGUUUCACACAAAAAAAAAAUUGCAAAACAAAAAGAUUAGUUUUUAAGAAGAUUACAACCUAUUUCAUACACAAAAGAAAGAACAAAAUUUUAAAUAUCAAGUUUUUUAAAAAUUUAGCAUCAAUUUGAAAAGAAAAGAUUUAAGUUUAUCCUUUAUCCACAAUUUUAUGAUGAAUAUUGUUUUUAAGUUUCAUUCUCUUUCUAUUUACUUUUUUUUCUCCCCAUUA